AGCUCCGGCCGGCCUCUGGGCGCUGCGAGCCGCAGCCUCCGCCUUUCCGCCCCCAUCAGCUGACUGUGCCGUGCGGAAGGAACAGGCGCCAGUAGCCCGCGAGCUGAGCCGAGCCUAGCCGAGCCGUGGCCCGUUCUGGCCUCCGCGCUCCUGCCCUGUACGCCCUGCGCCCGCCCCGGCCUAUCCCGUUCCCAUCCAGCCCAGCCCAGGUCCUCCCCUGGCUCCGCGCCCACUAUGGCAGGGCUCGUGGUCAGUGGAACCCAAGUGUCCUACAUUGGUCAGGACUGCAGAGAAAUUCCAGAGCACCUUGGCAGGGACUACGGCCACUUCGCAAAGAGACUGGAUCUGAGCUUCAACUUGCUGAGGUCACUGGAAGGACUGAGCGCAUUCACGGGGCUGGAGGAGCUGAUCUUGGACAACAACCUUCUUGGAAACGACCUUGCGUUGCCAGGGUUACCCAGGCUCCAUACCUUAACGCUCAACAAGAACCAAAUCACAGACUUGGAGGGGCUCCUGGACCAUUUGGCCAAAGCGACGCCUGCCCUGGAAUAUCUCAGCCUGCUAGGCAAUAUGGCUUGUCCCAACGAGCUGGUCAGCUUGGAAAAGGAUGAAGAUGAUUACAAGAGAUACAGAUGCUUUGUCCUGCACAAGCUGCCCAACCUGAAAUUUCUGGAUGCAAAGAAAGUCACAAAGUGGGAGCGUGAGGAAGCCCUGGUGAGAGGGAAAUUCAUGAAAGUAGUGAAGCCCAAGGCCGCUGAGGAUGUUGCUCCUGAAUCUUCUCAGUUGCCAUAUACACCUCUACCUCCCGGCUCCCGAUCACUGACCAGUCACAAAGGUGUUCUAGGAAGGUGUCACUAUGUUUACUAUGGGAAAAACUCCGAGGGCAACAGGUUUAUUCGAGAUGAUCAGCUCUAAGGCUGAGACCAGCUUGCCCGGCCCAAUUUCUUGAGAAUAAAUAACAGGAAGAAAAAAGAAAGAAACAAAGAAAAGAAGAAAAAAAAAAGGAAGAAAAUAAAAAAAAAACCCCAAUCAACUCAAGCCAUGUUUGCGCCAUCAAGGAAGCCUCCUCAGCCCUCGAGUACCUUGUGCUGACUUUGCCAGACUUGUCAAGAUCAUCCUCCUGUCUUAGUGGGAAUCGUCACAUCGAGAUUGACAUGAUUGCCUUUAAGCAGGUCUCCUCCACCAGCAUGACAGACAGCUGCAGCCGGGCAUCCGGGCUGACAGGAUGAACACCAUGAUAGAUUGCCUGGUCCAUCCACAGCUCGCUGGGGAGCAGAGGUCACACCUGGGGCCCCGUAAGCAUGCUCAGUUAGCUUUUGCCAGUCAGAAAGCCUCCUGUCUUCAGCCUGCCUGUUGAGUGAGAGCUGUGUGGAAUAUCCAGAUGGUUUUUUACAAAACAAAAGUGGUUCUGAUGGUAGGGAAGGGCAGGGAGGCUUCAGUUCCCCUCUGUGUGUUCCCAAGAUAGAUUCUCCCAUUUCACACAUACACGCCCGUCGAACCCCUUACUCCCACCCUUCCCCUCCCCCCAGCCCCCAAAGCAUCUUUAUCACAAGCAGAGCUUCAAGGUCUAUCAUUUCUCUGAGGAAGGAUAUUUGCUGUCAGGGAUAUUUCGUGACUUGCUUCCAAAUGAUACAAACUCCUGGUUUUAGUAAAUAUUUUCCCCCAAGUCAAGAAACCAAAUCAGUUAGUUUGGGAUCAGUAAUGGGCUCCCACAUCCCAGACUUAGGUUGCUCCCACUCCAGUCAGGCCUUUGGAUGGUGUUUUGAAACCUGGAUCCUUUCUGGUUUGGUGGCAGGCCUGUUUCUAUCGCCUAUAUUCCAAACCUUGUCUUUGUCCAUACUUGGACUAGUAUAUUUUUAUUAGUUAUUGUCUUUCUGGUCUGGACACAAUUGCAAAGCAAGUAAAGCAAAUCUAUAUCUGGUUUGCCCCUCCUUGGGGCAUCUGUUUUGAGAUUUCUUUAUUAAAUCACCAAGAGAUAUGAAAUAGGAUGACUUUAAAAAGCACACAAUGAAUUGAAGGGAGAAGAAAUUGUCUCCCCCUAUCCCUGUUUUUCAGAAAAAAAAAAAAUAUAUAUAUAUAGAUCUCUUGACCAUCAUGUCUGUCAGAGGAGCUUUUGGGAAUGAAAAUACGCCAUUGGAAAGGCAAUUGAGAAAAUAGUGGAUGAAACAGAAAAGAAAGCCUUGACUUUGUUUCUUUAAUUUAAAUUCAGACUAAGUACUUAGCAUUCUGUUAUCUCCGCAGAUUUCCCAAAGCAAGAUUAAUUGAAAGGAGGCCAGAUCUAAAAGAUGAACCUUUCAAAAUGCAAUCCUGAAAGAGAAUCCUUCUCUAAGUUGGUAAAUAUCAAGUCUUUCCAGUAGCCAAUUGACCAUUCCAUCUUGAUGGAUAUGUAAGACCAUCGGCCUUCCAUGUCCUCGGAUGGACAAUCUGGAACUUACUUCUUGAAAUGAUUACAGGCUUAAAAGAGUUCCUGGCAUAAGGAUUCAAUAGUCAUGACAAAUGAAUAAGACAGCAGACCGAGGGAGCAAAGUUCCUAUCUUGAUUAUAUAGCUUUCACUAAUUAAUUACUUAGAAAAAAAUUGUAAUGUGGUCCUUAAAGGAAAAAAAAAGAAUUAGAGGUGUCCUUUUUUUUUGUAUUUUUCCUUGGACAUAAAUAAUGGGAGAGAAAUUACCUUUCUCUCUGAUUUGAACAACAGCACCAGGGGAAUGCCUAGAGUUAGCUGCAUUGGAACCCCACCCUAGCUCUUUGCUAAGAAACAUCAACACAUGUUUUGUCCACAACAUAUUAUGGGCAGCAAGAGUUCUGGGCAGGGGCAGCAAGACUAGUCCAAUGUCAUAUUCAAUCUGGCAGCACAUAUAUCCUUGUCUUUAUAAAAGGCUUUAACCCUGCCUCAAACAAUAAAAAAGCACUUGCGAACUGACCACAGAAUUUUUCCAUCUUUAUUUUUCUUACUUGUUUACUUUUCUUAAUGUCAGAACCAUUUGUAUCAAGUUCAGGAAUGUCUCCCUCAAUGCAAGCUUUAGAGGCACAAAUAUUUUCGGAAUGAGCUGUGGACCACAUUUAUGCCUCUCCCUGUGUGGUGUUUAUUAUUUUUCCUCCUCCAAACGGUGUAGGAACUUGAAUUAAGAUUCGCUUAAUUAUAAUUUCUGAAAAGGUCACCCCUCCCAUCUAUUCUUCUUGAACAAGACACAGUAAGCUUGGCUCUCACUUUCAAAGGGAUAAUGGUUUUGAAUUCACGGGAAGUUGCUGAUGGCUAUGGCAGUUCCCCGAACAUCAUUUGCUGGAGGUUGAGCCUCAGGCUUCAGCCUGACCUGUCAGCAAUGAAAUUGGUCAGUCACGUGGUCCCAAUGGGGUUCUCCUAAUUCUGGAUUUUCCAAGUAAUUAGAAAGGCUGCAGAGAGAUAUGUAAUUUCCUCUCUCCCCCAGGGAUAAAUUCAGGUACAACCCUCUUCUUCCUCUUCCUUUGGGACAGGUUUCCCCCUUGCUUACCCUUUUCUAGAUCCCUGUUUGCUUGCUAGGCUGGAAAAUAAUGUCCCCUUGCACUCUCUACCCCAAAAUCUUGCUCUGGCUUUAGAAAUACAGGGACCCGGGAUUCUACUAAGCCACAUUGAGGACUGAGCCUCCCAAUGCCUCAGGGAAUGUUAGUACAAGUUCCUUCCUAAGCAACAUAAUUUUAUAGGACAAUUUGUUCCUUGAGAAAUUAUGCUUUGGAUUGUAGGAAUCUUAUUAAAAGUACAACUAUUGCAAUCACUUACAUUUACUCUUACCAGGCUUGCUCAUAAAGCCUCCAUCUGUGUAUUUCUUUAAAUAGAUACACAUUAGAAGAGAUUAUCUCUGGAUGGGCUAUGUCUCUGGGUGCUGUAUGUUUUCAUGUAUUCAUGUAUACCAAAGAAUAAAAGAAAAGCAAACUA